CUCCUGAUUGAAUGAAUCACAUGCACCCAACUCCUUGAUGAAAGGAACCGCGUGAGCGAGCGGAAUCAGAAUUCCAUUGUCGAUCGCACUCCACAGCAACACUUACGAAACCGUGCAUCAGUCAGUACUGACUCAGUCAGUCAGUCCACACACACAUACACAUACACACCCCUCCAACCGUCCCUUUGGGACCUCAUACACACCACACCACACGCAUGCCCUCACUCCCUCCCUCACUCAUUCGGUCAUCAGUUGGACAAUGCCGUGUUUCUUCUUGCCGGCCGACAGCUUGACCUGGCUGCCCCCGUUGAAGUCCCCCAGCACCAACACACGGUUCACGUCAUCCACCUUGGCGUCAUUCAGCCGCGCCCCGCCUCCCAGUAUCAGCCGGCGCGCGUCAGAUUUCGUCUUGGCAAAGUCCAGCUGCUGCAGCAGCUCCACCAGCCGCACGCCCUCCUGGCUGGCCAGCUGCCCCUCGCUCACAUGGAGCCGGGGCAGCGAGUCGGUGGACCCUUGGCCUUUGGUGUUGAAGACUGACGCGACGGCCUGGUGGAUGGCGGGGAGGGCCGCACGGCCGUGGAGCAGACCCGUGGCCUCGUCGGCCAGCACGAUCUUGGCCUGGUUGAUGUCGGCCCCUUGCAGCUGCGCCAGCUCGGCGAUCUGGUCCAUCGGCACCUCUGUGAAGAGCUUCAGAAACCUGCACACACGCACACCAACCAUGCCGUGAGGUGUCGUAUGUGUGAUGGAUAGAUAGGUCACUCACUGACCUGAUGGUGUCGGCAUCGUCAGUGUUUCUCCAGAACUGCCAGUAGUCGUAGGGCGACAGCUUGUCGGCCGUGAGCCACACGGCUCCCUCGGCCGUCUUGCCCAUCUUCUUGCCGUCCGAUGUCGUUAUCAGCGGCGCCGUCAGACCAAACACCUUCUCAGAACCCAUUCGAGCUGCAAUCCAAUCUCCACAUCUCUCUGUCUCUGUCUGUCUGUCUGUGUGUGAGAUGUGUGCAUACAAUACCGUUGAGUUCGACGCCCUGCACAAUGUUGCCCCACUGGUCGGACCCCCCCAUCUGCAGCCGCACGCCAUACCGACGGUGCAGUUCCAGAAAGUCAUACGCCUGCAGGAUCAUGUAGUUGAACUCCAGAAACGAUAAGGGCUGCUCACGGUCCAGCCGCGACUUGACCGACUCGCGCCGCAGCAUCGCAUUCACCGAGAAACAGGAGCCAAAGUCGCGCAGGAAACAGAGAUAGGAGAGGCCCGACAGCCAGUCGUCAUUGUUGACCAGCAUGGCGUCCGUGGGGCCGUCACCGAAUGAGAGGAACUUGCGAAAGAUGGCCGCAAUCGACUGGAUGUUGGAGUCGAUGGCCUCCUCUGAGAGCAUCGCCCUCGCCUCGUCCUUGCCCGACGGGUCGCCCACUUUGGUCGUCCCGCCGCCCAGAAGCACCACUGGCUUGUGGCCGCACUGCUGCAGGUGCCGCAAUAUCAUGAUCUGCACCAAAGACCCCACGUGCAGGCUGUCAGCCGUGGCAUCGAAGCCCAGAUACGCCGACACGGUCUCCUGGCUCAUCAGCUCAUCCAGGUGCUGCAGAUCUGUGCCCUGGUAGAUGAAUCCCCGCUCGUGCAGCGUCCGCAGGAACUUGGACCGGUAAGAGGUCUCGCCUUUGGCUUCAGCGACGGCCGGCGACUGGUCCACGGCCGUGUCUGCUGACAUCUGAGGGGCGGGUCGCCUCCAUCUCUGUCGGCACGCGGAGAGCGGCUGAUGUGACGACGGCCGAAGGACGAAGCCGAGGGCUGCAUGAAAACAGAUCAGCAGAACUGCGGAGAUCUUGACCAGCGGCGCUGAAUACGUAUCCAUCG